AUGGCCUCGACCACGGAAACUGCCUCCCCCAUUGGGAUUGCCAAUCUCCCAAACCAGCGACACAAGAUCGUUGCCAAGCGGGGUGCAGCCUUCACUAUCAUGGUAGCCGGAGAGUCGGGAUUGGGAAAGACCACGUUCAUCAACACCUUAUUUUCAACCACCAUCAAGAACUACGCCGACCACAAGCGCCGUCAUCAGAAACAAGUCGACCGCACAGUCGAAAUCGAAAUUACCAAGGCAGAGCUGGAGGAGAAGUUCUUUAAAGUUCGUUUAACUGUGAUUGAUACCCCCGGUUUCGGAGACUAUGUCAACAACCGUGACUCUUGGCAACCCAUCAUCGAGUUCCUCGACGAUCAGCACGAGUCAUACAUGUUGCAGGAGCAGCAGCCCCGCCGCACGGACAAGAUCGAUAUGCGCGUGCACGCUUGUUUGUACUUCAUCAGACCCACCGGACACACCUUGAAGCCUCUUGAUAUCGAGGUUAUGAAGCGUCUGAGCUCCCGUGUCAACUUGAUUCCCGUUAUCGCCAAGGCCGAUACCCUCAGCCCCUCCGAUCUGGCUCGUUACAAGCAGAGGGUUCAAGCCGUGAUCGAAGCCCAAGGGAUUAAGAUUUACACUCCCCCCAUUGAAGAGGAUGAUGAGCAUGCCGCCGCCCACGCCCGCAGUUUGAUGGCUGCAAUGCCGUUCGCCGUGAUUGGAUCCGAGAAGGAUGUGAAGACUAGCGACAACCGGGUCGUUAAGGGCCGUCAAUAUGCCUGGGGUGUUGCUGAAGUUGAGAACGAGGACCACUGCGACUUCAAGAAGCUGCGGUCGAUCCUGAUCCGCACCCAUAUGCUGGAUCUCAUCCAUACGACCGAGGAGCAGCACUACGAGGCCUACCGCGCGCAGCAGAUGGAGACCCGGAAAUUCGGCGAGGCUCGGCCCCGCAAACUGGACAACCCUAAGUUCAAGGAGGAAGAAGAAUCUCUGCGGAAGCGAUUCACCGAGCAAGUCAAGGUGGAGGAGCAGCGGUUCCGUCACUGGGAGCAGAAGCUCAUCUCCGAGCGUGAUCGGCUCAACAAGGAUCUGGAGGCCACCCAUGCUGCGAUCAAAUCACUCGAGCAAGAGAUCGAGGGUCUGCAAGGCUCCUCGACCCGGAGCCAUGGACGUCGUUAA